UUGACCAACAGGUACUACCCACUAUUAAACAAGGUCAUUUUGCGGAAAUCCUCAAUCUAAGCUAAUUAGUCUUUUUCGGAAAUAAAACGUUUUUAACUAGUACAAAAUCACUAAUCAACUUCAACAGUGUCCACUGCUCAGGUGUACUUCUGAUCUGAAGUGCUAAGAUUUGUUGCAUGAAGGAUUAAAACAAAUCUCCGUUCUUAUCAUCCACAACUCGCUCUGAUUAACGACAGUCUAUUAGUCAUCCCCACUCCCGGUGCCGACACGUGUCCGAGUAUAUCCAGAGCUACAAUCAUCAACCAGCGAGCGAGAUGGAUUUCGAUGAGUAUCGCAAACGAGGCAAGGAAAUGGUCGACUACAUCGCCGACUAUCUGCAGAACAUUCGCGAGCGACGCGUGCUGCCCGAUGUGAAGCCCGGCUACAUGUCCAACCUGCUGCCGGAGUCGGCCCCGCUCGAGGGUGAACCCUGGCAGGCGAUAUUCGACGACGUCGAACGGGUAAUAAUGCCGGGCGUGACGCACUGGCAAAGCCCUCACAUGCAUGCCUACUUUCCAGCGCUCAACUCGUUUCCAUCGCUGCUCGGUGAUAUGCUGGCCGAUGCCAUAAAUUGCUUGGGAUUUACAUGGGCGUCAUCCCCCGCAUGUACCGAGCUGGAAUCAAUCGUAAUGAACUGGCUGGGCAAAAUGAUUGGCUUGCCGGACGAUUUCCUCCACAUACCGGGCGUCAGCAAGGGAGGUGGGGUGAUCCAAACGACGGCCAGCGAGGCAACCCUGGUUUGCCUCCUUGCGGGGCGGACGCAAGCCAUCAGAAGAUACCACGAGCACAGCCCGGGCCAGCAGGAUGCAGAAAUCAAUGCCCGACUGGUGGCCUACUGCUCGGACCAGGCUCACUCCAGCGUCGAGAAGGCGGCCCUAAUCGGAUUGGUGCGGAUGCGAUUCAUUGAAGCUGAUGACAACCUCAGCUUGGGUGGCCGGGCCCUGGCGGAGGCCAUCGAGGAGGACAUCAAGCAGGGGCUGAUUCCGUUCUGGGUCUGCGCCACACUGGGAACAACCGGAGCGUGUGCUUUCGACAACCUGUCCGAAGUUGGUGACGUUUGUCUGAAGUACAAACUUUGGCUGCACGUCGACGCCGCGUAUGCUGGAAGUGCAUUCAUCUGUCCGGAAUAUCGCAUAUGGUUGAAAGGCAUUGCCAAGGCAGACUCCAUUGCAUUCAACCCGUCCAAGUGGCUGAUGGUGCAUUUCGAUUGCACCACGAUGUGGGUAAAAAAUAGUGGCGCACUGCAUAGGACAUUCAACGUAGAGCCUUUGUAUCUUCAACAUGAAAACUCUGGAAUGGCGAUCGAUUAUAUGCACUGGCAAAUUCCGCUGAGCAAACGCUUUCGAUCGUUAAAGCUCUGGUUCGUCAUACGCAACUACGGAAUCAAAGGGCUGCAGAAGCACAUCCGCGAAGGCGUUCGUUUAGCACAAAAGUUCGAAGCUUUAGUACUGGCCGACCACCGUUUCGAGAUUCCGGCUGCCAGGCAUUUGGGUAUGGUCGUAUUUCGAAUCAGGGGUGAUAAUGAGCUGACGGAGAAGUUGCUAAAGCGGCUGAAUCACCGUGGCAAUCAACACGCCGUACCAGCUUCAUUAAAGGGGAAAUACGUCAUUCGGUUUACCGUGACGUCGACCUACACUUCAAACGACGAUAUUCUGAAGGACUGGACUGAAAUUAAAUUGGUUACGAGUGAACUGCUUCAGGAUCUGGAUGUGAAAAUCGUUGACCGAAGAGUACCUCUGAAAGAUACACGUGAGAAAAACGAAGCUUUCGGAUCGAGUCUCCUUUUGGCCAACUCUCCAAUGUCGCCCAAGAUUGUCAACGGAUCGUUUGCAGCGAUUUUCGAUGCGGACGAGUUUUUGGCCAAAGUCUACGCUGGCAUACGAAUUUCGACUCAGGAUUCGCCGGCCAUGCGACGUCGUGUGAGAGGCAUUCUCAUGUCUGGGAAGCAGUUUUCUCUGGACUCCCGAAUGGAUCUGGUUGUGCAGGGAAUAAGCCCAAGUGAAGUAAAGAACGGUAUCGAGUCCAAGGCCAUUACCGAAGACUGCGAAGAGGUUUGGGAAGCUUGUGAGCAGAUGGAAAUUGUAGACCAAGACAUUCCAUUGGAGAAUCUCGACACCCAGUUCCUGCUACCGAUUCCGCUACCCUGCCGGACGCCACCCUCAACCCCGCGGCGUCAGCUCCGGUCCCAAAGUGUGGAUGUCGGCAUGAUUCAUGCCCAAAUUAGCCGCAACCACGCGGCACUUAUCAAUAGCAAUCACCUGGACAAAACAACCGCCUGCAGUAAAUCCGAACCAUACUGUUCAAUCGAUAUGCUGGAUCUGAUCUCGAAUCCUUCCACGCUGGCUUCCACCAUCAAUUCCGUUAGAGCUUCAUUCGAGUCCAAUCUGGACUCGAUUGACGAGAACAGCUGCUCUAGCUUCAACCAGGGACAGAGCUCGAAACGUCGCUGCUCGGACAAUUCGCACCUGUUCUCACUGACCAGACCGAAUGUGUUUCCGGAGAAACGCCAAUCUGAGCCCAGCAUUCGGUAUGCGUUCUAUAACAAGAGUUUCGACAUCUUAUGCCCGAAGCAGUCGACGAAGCGUGUUCUGUCCCAGAACGACAUCCCGAGAAAACCCUUCCGGAGACAAAUCUCGACGAUUCAGGAGUUGAUUAGUGAUGAAAUAGUUUUGGAGGGCGAGCAGGAAUGGAAGAAAUUGAAUUUAAUUGCUCCGAAAUUUCAGUGCUGCAUCUCCGAUGAGGAUGGAAGGUGUAUUAAUUUCGACCCGGUCUAUCACAACCACGAUGCGGAUGCGAGUGAAGAGGUGCUGAUGACGAAUGUGCUUGAGUUUGAGGAGAAUUUUGUGGAAAAGAUGGAGCAAAUUUGCCCGCAGCAGGAGGCAAUAGAAGAGGAUGGUAUGCGGGAGUUUGAAGGGGAAACGGAAAGCGAUGCAAGAUGGCGCAAUAUGAGAAAGAGUUAUUGCGACGAUGAGAUCAUUUACGAAAAUGUUAAGGUUUGCCGGAAGUGUGGACAUCAUACGGUCAAGUUAUAGCGAAAUGGUAGAGUUGAACAUAUUUGUUGUUGUAAUCAAUUUUGUAGUAGCUUUGUUUGUAUGAAAAUUGAUGUAAAUCUGAAAAUCGCUUCCAAGGUUGUUAGUUGAUAGGAUUGUUGUUAAAGACAAUCGAGUACGGUGUGUACCCAUCCAUUGCGGUCUUCGAAUGAGAAGACAUAAUAAGGAAGUGCUGAUGUAUUUCAUGAGAUGCACCGGACCAAGUGAUGCCAAAUGAAAACUCAAGAUUUUGUAUUACAUUAGAACAUGCACCGAUUCUUCGGAACUUCGAUGGGAAAACCAUAAGAAUUUCCAUGGUGUGGAAAAACUAUAGAUGAGCGGCAUGACAGGUGGAAAAAUGUCAACGGCGUUGUGGUUUCAAAAACUGUCACUGGUGACGGCAUGGUGCGGCGGCGCGCACAUCAUCUUCUAGAUAAAAAAUUGAAACUUUUAAAAUAUUUUCAAUGAUUUUUUAAAUUUUUCAUGAGGUGUGGUAAUAUUGACCUUGUUUCUCUAAUACUACAAUAUGAAUUGUACGAGGUACGAAGAAGGAAACACAACGAAAAUUAAUAUGUGGGUCUCAGUAGGAAACGGAAGUUUUGGACUCAGUUGGCAUGAUUAAGUUUAAUUAACCGUUAUCACUUUACCCGGUGUACCUCACAGCAACUUCACUUAUCCAUCAAUCAUUUGUACCAAGUGUUAACUAUUGAAAACCAAGAAUAGCAUCAAACAUUUACUCCCUGGCAAAACUUUCUGCUGUGUAUGUCAAUAAAUAAAAAAAAUAUCGAUCAUUACUAAUAGCGCGUUUUACACAUUAGUGAGCAUAAGUCAUGUUAAAGCUUUCAGUAAUUGUAGUAGGAAAUGAAUUCAAAAAACCGCAAACAUAUGCUAGCAUUAAGGAACAUAACAAGUAGAAAUAAGGAAGCCCCGAACAACAGCAAGCCCCUUAAUCAUACCAAAUAGCAAGUCAACAAAAUACGGCCACUAGCGAAAAGCGCGUUGUUCGUGGAAAAUUAGCAAAACUUCCUAAUUGCUCGCCGUGCCACGGGCAUGCCUAAGCGAGGUGUAUCAAAUCGUAACCAAUUAUAACACAAAUAAAGAGCCCUCUAGUCGUAGCUGAAAGUCGUUGAACUAGUAAUAGC